AUGGCGACUACACUCCCAACUAAGGUUGCAAGAACGCUUGAGUGUAAGCAGGGAGCAGUAAGAGCAGUCAGAUUCAACGAUGAUGGGAACUACUGCCUGACAUGUGGCAGUGACAAGUCCAUCAAACUGUGGAACCCACACAAGGGAACCCACAUCAUGACGUACACUGGACAUGGCUAUGAAGUCCUGGAUGUUGCUGCGUCAUGUGACAACAGCCAACUCACAUCUACUGGGGCAGACAAGAUGGUAAUAUUAUGGGAUGUCUCUACAGGGAAGAUGGUGCGAAGGUUCAGAGGUCAUGUUGGGCGUGUGAACUGUGUGAAAUUCAAUGAAGAGUCAACUGUCAUUGCAUCAGGAUCCAUUGACAACACCGUGCGACUGUGGGACUGCCGUGCCAAGUCCAAAUAUGACCCCAUCCAGAUUCUGGAUGAAGCAAAAGAUGGAAUUUUCAGCAUAAAACUAUCGGACCAUGAAAUCCUUACAGGGUCAGUGGAUGGCAGAGUCAGGAGAUAUGACCUGCAUGUGGGAGAACUCCUUGUGGACUACAUAGGAAGCCCUGUGACCUGUGUGUGCUUCACCAAGGAUGGCCAGUGUGUGCUGAGCUCAGCAUUAGACAGUACCCUCCGACUGUUGGACAAGGACACGGGCGAGCUGCUCGGGGAGUACACGGGUCACAAAAGCACAGAGUUUAAGACUGACUGCUGCCUCACCAACAGUGAUGCUCAUGUAGUCAGCGGCUCCGAGGAUGGCAAGAUUUACUUCUGGGACCUGGUAGAUGGCAAAGUUGUCCACACACUUUCCAAGGCAGGAAAAGGUGUUGUCCAUUCCCUGAGCUACCAUCCCUCCCUCCCCUGCAUGCUGUCAGCUGCUGAGAACCUGGUCAAGGUCUGGAGGGAGGAAGACUACCAAGAGGACUAGUCCACAGGCAGUUUUUUUUCAUUGCUCCAUUUUUUUUUUCUGGCACGGUCACAUUCAAUGUACGUCAUAGGAUUUUGAUGUUGUAGGAUUUUCAAGCAGGCUGUGACAGAACCAACAAGGAUGUUGACCUAUUUUGUGUCAUGGAAAUCUUUUAGCUUCCUUAACCACAAUAUACAAAUGUACUCCUUAAAACUCUAUAUAAUGCCUUUGCCUAAGUUUGCUUUAUUCUCAAGUUACACAUUGAAACGUUACAUAGAUGCAUUCAGCACUGGAAUGCUGUAAAAACGUCAGCUCUGGACUACUUGUGCUGUGGUUUGUAAAGAACUAGAAUUUCCCAGUGUUCUAAGAAGUAAAAAGACAAGAACAUUUUCUGAAAUAAAUGGAUUUAUUUUUGUACAGGAUAAA